AUGACUCAUGUUCCUCCUGUGAAGAUUGACCGUCAGAUUCAAAUAUCUAUUUCAAACGUUGACCCAAUCGCGGAACCAAAUCUUGCGCUUCAACAACUGUAUCAAAACAUUAGCAAUGCAAAAUUCCCAAAGAAAUGGGGAAAAGUAGAUCCAAAUAAUGUUUAUUAUCGUUCUGGUACAUGGAAAGAUGCCCAACACAUUGAAUUAGUUGACGGAGAUACUUUUAAUCAUUUUUGGGAAGAUCUUACUAAUCAUAGGGAAGGGGGGGAAGAGGUGCAAUUACUUGUCUAUACAAAACAACGAAACAUCGUACCAGCUCAAAACAUGACAAUUCAACCCACGACAAUUCAGCAGGAUAUCGAGAUGACUGCGGUAACAUCAAAAUCAUCUUUGGCUCCUCCCACCCCUCGAAAGAGUCCCCCACGAUUACAAGUUUCCGCGCUUGAUUUUAGUUCAGGACCGGAGAGUUCGGCACCUUCACCAACUUUCUUACAACUCAAAUCAGUUACUGUCAGAUCACCUAACCGAGUUUACAAACAAAAUAUCGCAAUUACCGAUAAGACAACAUUCUCUUCACUUUUAACUUUUGCGAUCAAGAGAUCCCCUCCUCCCGGUAAACAAUUUUUAAUACAAAGUUCGGAUGGCGAAUUAGAAUAUAUGCCUGAAGAUCCGGUAAGAAAUGUGAUUCAUGGUACCAUUCAUGCAGAUGUCGUCGUAAAAGUUGAGGAUAUAAGAGAAAUUGAUUUCAAUCAAUUUUGA